AUGGGGAUAAAAGGGCUUUGGCAGGCUAUGCAGUCCUACAUUCAGGAUGGCCACUUGAGUCAGUUUAAAGGGAAGCGUGUUUCCGUGGACAUGUACGUUUGGCUCCACCAGGGGAUUCGCCACGGGAUGGAGUUGAAUGAGGAGCGGGUUUGGCGCCACUUCGAGGCGCUCGACGCGCGCGUCUCAGGGGAUCAAACAGAAGGAGAGGCGGCCAGUGGUGAUGGUCUGGAAGGGCCGUCGGAGGCCGCACUGAAGAUGGAGGACGCCUACCUGAUGAACGACCGCUACGUCGACUACAUCGUGCAGAAGGUGGACGCCCUUCUACGCUAUGGGGCUGUCCCGGUCUGCGUGUUUGACGGGGCAGAGAUGCCGAUGAAGCGUCGGACAAACGUCGAGCGGCAGGAGCGACGGGAGGCCAACUUUCAGCAGGCCCUACGGCUCCUCGAGGGGAAUUAUCGGCGCAGCCGAGCUGGCCAGCGCCGCGGAUUCCAAACUCACGCGCGGAGUUAUAGCGAAGCCCUGGAGUGUUUGUGGAAGGCUGUGGAUGUCUCGACGGAGCUCGCGCACAUCCUCAUCCAGGUCUUGCGAGAGGAGCGCCGGGUGGAGUGUUUGGUAGCCCCCUACGAGGCCGAGGCGCAGAUGGCGUAUUUAUGCCGCCAGGGCUACGUUGAGGCGGCCCUCUCGGAGGACUCCGACCUCAUCGCGUACUACUGCCCCUGCAUUAUCGCAAAGGUAGAAACCGCCUCCGGGCGAUGCGUCGUUGUCCAUCCGAAGGUUAGCGUGCCUGCGUUUUUCUCAUCAAUUGCGGCAAUGAACCUCCCUCAGCGCGCGCGCGCGCGCGGGGAUGGGAUUUUGGCGGAGGCGCGUCCGUUAAAUUCAUCCACCUCCUCCACAAAUCCAGCGCCAGCCCCCAUUCCGUUCUCCUAUGAGUCUUUCCUUCUUGGCUGUAUCAUGAGCGGGUGUGAUUACCUUGCGAACCUUCGCAAUAUUGGUGUGAAGACCGCUUUUAAGCUUGUCAGCCACGCACGCUCGCUGGUGGAGGUUUUGCAGCUCCUGAAGACGCAGUUCGGCUUUCCCGCUGACGAGCUCCAGAGCUACCGCCGUCGCCUCCUCGACGCCUUUUAUUGUUUUGCCCACCACAUCGUCUACGAUCCCUCGCUUAGGAAGCUGAUGACCUUCUUUCCGCUUCCGAAUUCCUCCCCCUCCUUGUCUUCUUCCGCGUUGGCGCUGCGGGAGGAUUUGGUAGGGUCGAUGUGGUCUGUCGAGGAGACCCAUCGCGUUUGCGAGGAGUGCUUGUUCGAUCCGAACACGCACCGGCUCUACGUGGGGUCUUUUAACUCCUGCCUCAGCGCCUACCUCCGCCGUGCGCGCCGGGGGCAGGUUCGGUUGACCACGUUCAGCGGAUUUACCGCCAAACAGGCCCCGAAGGUCGUGCUCGACCCCCAGCAGAAGCGCGCGGAGGCGGAGUUCGGCCCGGGCCCCCUCCAAAAAGUCCGCGAGGCCGCGGGGGUGUGGGCCCAAGGCGCCCCCAAAGUGAUGGUCCGCUCGCGGUAUUUCCUGCGCUCGGGGAGGCUGCACGCGCAGGAGGACUGGAGCGCGUCCUCCGGGACCAGCGGCGGCGAGGGGCUCGCAGGGGGAGGGGGGUCGCAGGACUCCGCAUCCCACACGGCCCCCUCGAGCGAUUCCGCCACCCUCGCCUCGCAGGAGUUUGGCGAAAAAGCCCCCACCAGCCCGAGUUUUCGCGCGCGCGAGGCGGCCGGGCCGACCGCGAGGACGCCGUUGGCGGAUUCGACGUCCGGCGCGCGGGGUUCGGGGUUGUUGGGCUCCCCUUCCACCGCCGCCACGCCGCCGCCUGCGCGGGCGGAAAAGGGGCUUUGGGUCGGAGAAGGCGCGGAGGAGGCCUGGCGGCCGUCCCACCCGGGGCCUAAACGCGAGCGGCCCCCAUCCCAGGACGACGCCUCCACCUCCGCGCGCGCGGCGAGCGAGGGGGUUGAGCAGCCUUCCCAGGGGAUUGGCGGGGCGUCGUAUUUUGCGAAGGCUUUUAAGGCCCCCCGGCGCGUCGAGACGGCGACGGCGUCCUCGCCGGGGGAUACUCCCGACUGCGCGGGCCCUGUCGAUCCUUCCGACCCGGCCCACGCCACGGCUACACCGGCUGAAUCGUCCAAACCGACCGAACCAACAGAAAAUGGGGUAAAUUUGGGCGUUUUUGAACAAUUACUCUUCACCGGUCGGUAUUCCACCACGACUUAA